GUGUCCCCGCCUCCCAAGCCUUGGGCUCGCGGCGUUGCGCAGUCCUCCGCCUUCCUUGCCUUCUCGUCCCCUUCCUUCCUUCCUUCCUUCCUUCCGCCGGGCGCGAUGGAGCCGGGACGCGGGGCGGCCGCGGCGCUGCUGGCGCUGCUGUGCGCAGUCUGUGCGCUGCGCUGCGGGCGCGCCCAGUACGAGCGCUACAGCUUCCGCAGCUUCCCGCGGGACGAGCUGAUGCCGCUCGAGUCGGCCUACCGGCACGCGCUGGACCAGUACAGCGGCGAGCACUGGGCGGAGAGCGUGGGCUACCUGGAGAUCAGCCUGCGGCUGCACCGCCUGCUGCGCGACAGCGAGGCCUUCUGCCACCGCAACUGCAGCGCCGUGCCCCAGCCCGAGCCGGCCGCCGGCCUCGCCCGCUACCCCGAGCUGCGCCUCUUCGGGGGCCUGCUGCGCCGCGCGCACUGCCUCAAGCGCUGCAAGCAGGGCCUGCCAGCCUUCCGCCAGUCGCAGCCCAGCCGCGAAGUGCUGGCCGACUUCCAGCGCCGGGAGCCCUACAAGUUCCUGCAGUUCGCCUACUUCAAGGCAAAUAAUCUCCCAAAGGCCAUUGCCGCCGCUCACACCUUUCUACUGAAGCAUCCCGAUGACGAAAUGAUGAAGAGAAACAUGGCGUAUUACAAGAGCUUGCCUGAUGCCGAGGACUACGUUAAGGACUUGGAAACCAAGUCAUAUGAGAGCCUGUUCGUCCGAGCCGUGCGGGCCUACAAUGGCGAGAACUGGAGGACGUCCGUCACAGACAUGGAGCUGGCCCUUCCCGAUUUCUUCAAAGCCUUUUACGAGUGUCUGGCGGCCUGCGAGGGCUCCAGGGAGAUCAAGGACUUCAAGGACUUCUAUCUUUCCAUAGCAGAUCAUUAUGUAGAAGUCCUGGAAUGCAAAAUGCAGUGUGAAAAGAACCUCACCCCCGUUGUAGGAGGCUAUCCCGUGGAGAAGUUUGUGGCCACCAUGUAUCAUUAUUUGCAGUUUGCUUAUUAUAAAUUGAACGACCUGAAGAACGCGGCCCCCUGUGCGGUCAGCUACCUGCUCUUUGACCACAGUGACAAGGUCAUGCAGCAGAACCUGGUGUAUUACCAGUACCACAGGGACAAGUGGGGCCUCUCGGACGAGCAUUUCCAGCCCAGACCAGAAGCAGUUCAGUUCUUCAAUGUAACUACGCUCCAGAAAGAGCUGUAUGACUUUGCUAAGGAAAAUAUAAUGGAUGAUGAUGAGGGAGAGGUUCUGGAAUACGUGGAUGACCUCUUGGAGCUGGAGGAGACCGGCUAGUCCCCAGCAAAGAGAAGCCCCUGGAUGUCCAGGGGACACAGAUUCUGUCUGCCUUCCCCCAGUAGCCCACGUCGCUGAUACCUCAAAGUCUCCUCUUCACUCUGCGACGUGAAAGGGAAGCCUCGUCUCUCACUACGUAUGAUAAGGGGCGAGCCUGCCUUCCCCGCGACCACACCUGCCUCCCCACGCGCCUCCCACCUUCACACGGGCCUUUCUCACUAUUUUGGUUGGAAGCACGGUCCUCCAUGUUUUCCCCCCAGAAAAUCACAAUUUUUUUUUUUUAAUAAGAAAAAUACUCCUCAAAUUAGAUAAUUGUGAAAACCUAUUUUGGGCUUUCCGCCCUUUCAGGUUUUAGACUCCAUUAUCCCCAUGCCCUGGUUCAGGAAGACAGUGGAAGACACGGGCCAAACUUCUCCACACACACACCCCCCCCCACCCCUGCCGGCCCCGUGACAGCGUACAAGUGGUCUGACCCGCACCAUUUCUGGCACCCACUGAAAGAGAAGCUGCGUAGAUAGUGCAGGCUCCAGAAAUGUGGCUUUUGCCCCACACUUCUGCAUCUCCAAAGUCUUACAAUGGUUGGUCGAUCCCUGGGCACCAUAGUCAGUUGCAAGUCUCAGAGUUGGAAAUGGAAGAAAGCAGAGGGGGUCUGGUCUCAUUCAUUUUUUCAAUAAAUAUUUAUUGAGCACCUACUACAUGCUAGACGUUGACGGGGGCACUAGAAACGCUGUGCAGAAUGACGGGGGAAAAAUCCCUGCCCUCCGGAGCCUACGUCCUCUAAGGGAGACAGACAACAAAUAAAUAAGAACAAAUGUAUAUAAA